AUGCGCAAUUUUCGGAAAACAUAUGUCAGCAUCUUCUCUUGUUGUCAUGCGCCAAUAUAUUGGUGUCGAUGCGUUUCAUGGGAUUUUGCCUGGUGGUUGUGGUGUUGUGUCGACUUUUUCGGAUGGCAGAAAAAACUCUCUUCUCUCGGGGUUGCCCAUUUCCCCUGGGACCCGGCCCCCCAACCUCCUCCACCCCCUCCUCAGCAAGCCCCCAUUCCUCCGCCUCCUGUCACAGUGCCGUCCAAUGCGCCCCGUACGUCACCUCCACCCCAGCAAGAGUUCCCAGAGCAAAUCUCGCAGCCUCAGCCAUCUGCCGGAAACGGUCACAAUCCAGGCGAUGUCCGUGUGAAGACCGAACCCGGAUACAAUAAUGCAAACCCAAUCAGCAAUCCUACUGCUGCCGCACAUAUCGCCCAGCAGCGGGCCGCCGAUGCCUUGCAGCAGCGCUAUGGUGCAGCUGCAGCAAGCCAGAUUCAUCAGUUGCAGGCCCAAUCUCAGGCAGCGCUAUCUCUUCCCGGCCAGCAACGGUUCCAGCCGGGACAGUUUCCCGCUGGCCAAAGUCAAGACCCCAAACUACCUCCCCAUCAAGCUCCUCAGCCCGUAGGACAUAGUCAGACCGACGGUGCAGACGAUUCCGGGAGUGACCCGCUGACGGAGUGGAAGGCGGAAGUUGCAAGGAGAAGAGAAGCAGCGGAGCAGAACGGAGCAAACGCAGACCGCGUUAUGCGGGAGUACGUUGAGAUCAAGGGUCGACAGAUGGAGGGCAAUGGUCUCUUGGCUCCGUUGCGUGACCGCUAUCCCCGCGCCAAUGGCAAGCAGCGUAAAGAUGCUAUUAAAGAGAACCCAACACUCUCUGCACUUGUGGCGGCAGAAGCACCAGCCACUCCCCGCCAGGCCAACGGGUAUGAUGGCGUUGAUGAUUAUGGUAUCAAGAAGGACGAAGAUGAAGAUGCAAUCAAUUCUGACCUUGACGACCCCGAUGAUCCUCUUGAUGAUCCUGAAGGUGACGACGCCGUUGGCCAAGUCAUGCUGUGCACAUAUGACAAGGUCCAACGGGUCAAGAGCAAAUGGAAGUGCACUCUAAAGGACGGAAUCUUGACCACAGGAGGAAAAGAAUAUGUUUUCCAUAAAGGUAAUGGUGAGUUUGAAUGGUUUUAA